AUUUUUUUUUUUUUCGAACAAUUUUUGAGUCAAAUAAUAACUGAAGAUUUCCAAAUUCUGAGAAUCGCGCACAAGCAUGAAGCAGCAUAGAAAGGGAAGGUUCUUAUACCUCCAAAAUACACAUUUUAACUACAUGGAUUAUUGUAAGCCUUGAUGUACCGUUAGUCAUCACAUUUGUAACUCAUUGACUCAGUAAAUUACUAUUUAACAAAUGAACUUAGAAAACGUUGCCAGCUAAUACUCGGGCGAGACAGUCAAUAAAGACAAAAUAUCGGUUCAUGCUAAGCAAAUUGGUACAUUAUUAUGGUGCAGAAAAACAUUGUCAAAUACACAACGGAAUGUAUUGCUUUGUGGAUUACUCAAAAAGGUUAACAAUGAUCAGUAAUAGCUAACGGCAACACAAGCAAUCUUUUCUAAAGUGAAGUGAAGUUGUAUUGGGAAAUUUUUGGAGUUCACGCCAAAUGCCCUUUUUGUGAAAAGGGAAAUCCCAAGAAAACGUAAAAGUUGUAUACGUGCACCGGUAGUGGGAAGUACUAUUUCGACACAUAAAGGACUCGUACAAAUUCUACUCGCAAUGCCACUGUUCGUGUGUGGGUCACUUGGUUGAGUUGGCAUUGCCCAGGUAGUUGUUUCAUCUUUACAGAAGGAAAGGGAUAACGCUUUUCCCCUUUCGUGGUUAGUUCUAAUACUAACUCCAGUUACAUAGGUGUGUAGUGUGUCUUUUGAGGCUUGCCAGCGCAAUAAUGAUUUACCUACUCGGGUUUGCUAUCCUACUUUCCUCAAGCAUUCUAAAGAGUGUCACUGCUAGCGACCUUCAGUGUUACAAAGGCGCCGGUCGAAUACCGUGUAUCCAUUUCUUCGCCACCAUAAAUGAGAGACGCCCUUUUAUAAAUCAAAAUAGGAUGUGUAACAAAUUUGGUAUGAAAAUGUCGGAAUUUCACUCCAAGGAAGAUGCAGAUUACAUCUCUUAUGUCUUCAAGAUAAAUGGACUUCCUGGCAAUGUCCCAAGGUUACUUGGUGCUUUUUCUAAAAAAACACAGUACCCCGGCGUGUACAGGUACAUGUCUGGCCCAGCCUUCACCAAAAAUUUCCCUUUUUGGGCAAAGGGUGAGCCGAAGAAUCAGAAUGACUGUAUUCUCUACACGAUUGACAGUCAGGGAAAUAUUGAGUUUAGGACAGUCUACUGCAGCACGAGUAACAGAGCGACCUGUGAGGCCUGCUUAAUAUCGAGACCGAUGUACAAGACAUGCUCAACUCUGUACGCGUGCCCCAAUCUAGGGUUAGUGUGCAGAGAGAAUCCGGGUCCUGGCUGUGAGAGAGCGUUCUACAGCAACAAGACGGACUACCUCCCUUGUCCGCACAACCGGUACGGCUGUGAGUGUCAGUUCCAGUGUCACUGCGCCGACAAGGUGCCUUGCGAUCUGUACUCCGGAAUAUGUCCAGCCGGCUGCGAGAAGAACUGGCAGGGACCGAAAUGCGACCAGACGCUGUGCGCGCUGGGCAAAUUCGGUUCGAAAUGCGACCAGUUUUGCCUUUGCGCUAACCAAGAGCAAUGUGACGUGGAGACAGGGCAGUGCGCCCAAGGGUGUGAAGCAGGCAUGGACGGAUUGAACUGUUCUCAGUCCCUCUGCAAACCUGGAUUGUAUGGCUCUUCGUGUAAAAAAAUGUGCCCCUGCGCCGCAGGAGCGUAUUGCGGUUAUCGUUCUGGGCGAUGCCUCUCAGAUAUUUGCAAGGAAAAGAUGAAAGUCGCCCCUCGCUGCACCGAGUCCUCGUGUCCCGUGGGAAAGUACGGCUCCCAAUGUACCGAAGAUUGUUCUUGUGGAGAAAAUGAGCCGUGCCACUGGCAGAGCGGCAUUUGUGAAACUGCAGUGUGUCCCGCUAUUGGCAAAGGAGGCCUAGACUGCUACGACGAGUGCCCGAAAGAGUUGACCUGCAAGAGGUGUCUGAGGCUGAACAUGACGAAAUGCGGGGAGUGUGUGGAGGGAUUCAGGCUCACGCCCAACAACACCUGCGAGAAAGGACAACAGGGGCCAACUAAACCAUGGGGCUCAGUUGCCGGGUUCGUUGCUGUCUCCGCCUCCAACAUGUGGGUGAUCAUCCUCAUCGUCGUCCUACUGAUCGUCAUUCUCGUGGCUCUCGUCGACAUCUAUAUCUUCUUGCAGAAAAAGGAUGAGCACUCGGAAGCGAGCCAAGAUGGAGAGAAGGGACUCGAGGAGCAAUCUGAACAAAGUUCUGAGAAACACGAGGGAGCCAGCGAUAAGGAUGAGGAGGAAUCCAUGCAGGGCUCCGAGGAUGAGGAGGGAGACGAGAAUCCCCAAACAGGGGAGAAGAAAGAAUCCAGCGCAUCAUCCAAGAAGCACUCCAGCGCAUCAUCCAAGAAGCACUCCAGCGCAUCAUCCAAGAAACACUCCAGCGCAUCAUCCAAGAAGCAGUCCAACGCGUCUAAGAAGCAGUCCAACGUGUCUAAGAUGUCCACAGUCUCAGAGAAUCUUGAGUAGAUGUGCACGCGAAAGUGCACGCCGAACGCAAAUUUUCCUGACUUGGCGGAAACAAUACUAUAAGAUCGAUGUGAUUAUAGCGCGAUCAAAAAUUCGUGGCGCAACUUAUCCUCAAAUAUUUCUUUUACCGGCGAACCAAUGUUAUCUUCAUACAUUUAUAUAAAUUACGAUAAAACUCCGUCACGCGGAAAAUGGGAUAGUUCACAGCACUUCCCGCUUCUCACAAACAUUUUGCAUGCGCGUAAUAUAUGGCCUACGUCAUACCUCACCAACAACACUUUUAAUGAGCAAAACUUGUCAAAAAGAUUAAUUUCAUCGUUAGCACAUUUUUUUGCACUAAAGGUUCUCAAUUGGGUGGUUGGCGGGUGCUCUGGUGAGGUUAGCUUCUUCUUUCCUAUGA